AUGAUCGUGCUUGGCUGGAUGCUUUCUGUUGGAUUUGCAUGUUACAUGGGCACAUUUCCAGAGUUUGUGCCUCCAACUCUGAAAUGGAAGGAGAGGUAGGCUGUUCAGGAGAGCAAGACACACCUGAGGAGUCGGAUUUUGGAUGAAGAUCUGCAGCUGUGA